CAGACAGGCACAGAGACCGAGGAUACGGAGACACGGAGAAUGGCGAGCACCUUCAUCAACAUGGGGCCGACAGCACCGCUCGUCCUGCCGCUGCUGCUGCUGGGGCUCGUGUGUCUCCUGCUGGGCCGCGUCCGCUGUCUCAACGGCGACGAGGACCAGGGCCAGGACACCGAGUGCAAGAUGAAGAGCGUCACCGUGUCGGCGCUGCCGUUUCUGCGGGAGAACGACCUGAGCAUCAUGCAUAGCCCGUCGGCCUCCGAGCCCAAGCUGCUCUUCUCCGUCAGGAACGAUUUUCCCGGGGACGUGGUGGUGGUGGACGACCUGGAGAACACCGAGCUGCCCUUCUUCGUCCUGGAGAUCUCUGGGAACACGGAGGACAUCCCUCUCGUGCGCUGGCGGCAGCAGUGGCUGGAGAACGGCACUCUGCUCUUCCACAUCCACCACCAGGACGGAAGCCUGAACCUCCCCGAACCGACCGAAGACCCUGCCAACAACUCGGCGAAGGAGGAGCUCCGCAUCCUGCACAUUUCUGUCAUGGGUGGGAUGAUCGCCCUUCUGUUGUCCAUCCUGUGUCUGGUUCUGAUCCUCUACACCCGCAGGCGCUGGUGCAAACGCCGCCGCAUCCCUCAGCCCCAAAAGAGCGCCAGCGCUGAGGCGGCUAAUGAGAUCCACUACAUCCCCUCGGUGCUGAUGGGAGGCCAGGCGAGGGAGAGCUUGAGGAACUCGCGGGGUCAAGGGCCAAACUCCAGCGGAACGCUCAGCAUCCGGGAGACGCCGAUUCUGGAUGGGUACAAGCAGGGUUUUGGGUACGAGUACGACAUCACCGACCUGCGCCACCAUCUGCAGCGGGAGUGCAUGAACGGCGGCGAGGAGUUUGCCAGUCAAGUCACUCGCACGCUGGACUCCCUCCAAGGCUGUAAUGACAAGAAUAACAUGGACCUCACGCCUGUGAGCGAUAACACAAAGCUGGCCCUAAUGAACAAAUACAAGGACAACAUCAUUGCCACGAGUCCCAUCGACAGCAACCACCAGCAGAACACCCUGCUUCCGCACAACACCUCCACCAGCCAACGCAAGCGUCUCUCCAGCAACACCCGUGCGGGUUCAACUUUCUUGAACCCAGACGGAGACUCUGGGACGGAGGCCGACAGCGAGCCUCAGCUGGCCUUUUACACCGACCCAAACCGCAGUCGCCGCCGGAGUCGAGGUAUGAGAAAUGGUAACGCCAACAGCGCGUGGGGCUCAGGGGCAGGUUCUCCACGGAGCCCCAUCAACAAGACCACCCUCACUCUGAUCAGCGUCAUCAGCUGUGUGAUCGGCCUGGUUUACUCCUCUCACCUCUCCUGCAGCCUGUCAGUGCGAGUAAUCCUCCAUGUGCCGGAGCACCUCAUCGCCGACGGAUCAAGGUUUAUCUUGCUGCAGGGGAGCCAGUUGGAUGCUUCAGACUGGCUGAACCCUGCCCAGAUCUUGUUGUACUACCAGCAGAAUGCCAGCGGGCCAUGGGUCAAUGAGCUGUGUGGACGACGCCUCCUGGACCCGUGUGAGCAUCAGUGUGACCAAGAGACAGGAGAAUGCCUCUGCCUGGACGGCUACAUGAAGGACCCGGUCCACAAGCACCUGUGCAUCCGCAGUGAGUGGGGGCCCAAUCAGGGUCCCUGGCCUUACACCAUCUUCCAACGCGGUUUUGAUCUCGUGAUGGGAGAACAACCCUCUGAUCGCAUUUUCAGGUUCACGUAUACCUUAGGGGAGGGAAUGUGGUUGCCGUUGAGUAAAAGCUUUGUCAUCCCGCCCGCCGAGCUCGCCAUCAACCCCUCGGCCAAGUGCAAGACGGACAUGACGGUCAUGGAGGACGCAGUGGACGUACGGGAGGAGUUGAUGAUCAGCUCAUCCUUCGACUCUUUGGAGGUUCUCCUGGACUCUUUCGGACCCGUCCGAGACUGUACCAAAGACAACGGAGGCUGCAGCCGCAACUUCCGCUGCAUAUCUGACCGAAAGCUGGACUCUACAGGAUGUGUGUGCCCUCCUGGGCUCAGUCCUAUGAAGGAUGGGACCGGGUGCUAUGACCACCACAUCGGCAUCGACUGCUCCGACGGCUUCAACGGAGGAUGUGAGCAGCUGUGUCUCCAGCAGCUGGCUCCUCUGGAGGACGACCCGACCCUCUACAACAUCCAGAUGUUCUGCGGGUGCAUCGAGGACUACAAGCGUGGACCAGACGGAAGGUCGUGCCUGCCGCUGUCUGAGGUUUGCACCGAGGGAGUGGACUGUGGGGAAGUGGCGGACAUCCCUGCGAAUCAGACGGUGUUCGGAGACCUUUUCUACGGAUACAAUAACCACAGCAAAGAGAGCACGACUGGGCAAAUCCUCAAGGCCACAUUCAGGCAGAAGAACUUUGCCCGUGGCAUCGAGCAGCAGCUCCCAGAUGGCAUGGUGGUGGCGUCGGUGCCAACGGAGGUUCAGUGCCAGGAGGAGCUGUCAGAUCCCGUACCUGACCCGGAAUACCUCACAGGUAUGGUGAACUACAGCGAGGUGUCUGGUUAUCCCCUCGUUCAGCACUGGAACCUGCGCUCCGUGCUCUACCACGUCAAACUCAACCAGUGGGUCCUCUCUCAAGCCUUCAGCUCGGCCAUCCAUUCUCUGGACGGGGCCACGCAGCGGAGUGACUUUGUCGCCAUCCUCAGGGAGUUUGGGAACCACUACGUGCAGGAGGCGGUCUACGGCUUCCAGGAGUCCUGCACCAUCUGGUACCCCAACAAGCAAGUCCAGAGGAAGCUGUGGCUGGAAUACCAGGACAUCAGCAAAGGAAACUCGCCUUCAGAAGAGUCCGAAGAGCGAGACAAAGAGCCAAGGACGCUGACCUAUCCUGCGUAUGUCGCCAGUCUGCUGGACACGGGGGCCAAGAGGAUGGCGGCUGGUGUCCGUAUGGACUGCACCAGCCAGGGCCAGUGUCCCCGCUCCUGCCAUCUCUGCCACAUGAGCCCAAGGGCGGCGCAAGGGCGGCAGCAGUCUGAGCCUGUUCUGUUGCAGAUUACUAAGGCCGCACCCAUCUAUGAGUUGGUGUCCAACAAUGAGACAUACCAGUCUCUUCAGGAAGCAAUGAUGAGCAUGCUGUGGUGUUCGGGGAAGGGCGACGUUAUCGACGACUGGUGUCGCUGUGAUUCCAGUGCUUUUGGCACAGACGGCCUGCCCACCUGUGCCCCGCUUCCCCAACCCAUGCUGAAGCUGUCCUAUACCUACGAGCCCAGCAGCUCAUUGGUCAUCCUGGAAUGGAACCACACCGAGCCGCCAAUAGGCGUCCGCAUUGUCGAUUACCUCAUCAGCCAGGAGAAGGUGACGGAGAGGACUGACCACUCCAAAGUUGAGACAGAAACCCUUUUGAGCUUUGUGGAUGACAUCCUGUCAGGAGCCAGGUCUCCAUGUGUGAUGUUGGGCGACAUCCCCAACCUCCUGUCCACUUCUGUCAGCAUGAUCAUUCGCUGCCUGGAGCCUGACACCACAUACAUGUUCCGGCUGUGGGCAGUAGACAACACAGGACGCCGUUCCAGUCCAAGUGAGGUCACCAUCAAAACUCCAUGUCCCACUGUGGAUGACGUCAAAGCACAAGAAAUAGCCGACAAGAUCUAUAACCUGUUCAACGGCUACACCAGUGGGAAGGAGCAACAGACGGCCUACAACACUCUGAUGGACCUGGGUGCCCCGACGCUGCACCGCGUGCUCUACCACUACAACCAGCGCUACGAGAGCUUCGGAGAGUUUACCUGGAGGUGUGAGGACGAGCUGGGACCCAGGAAGGCGAGCCUCAUCCUCUCCCAGUUGGACGAGCUCUCGCCGUGGUGCAAGGGUCUCCUGCAGGAGCCCAAGAUUGGCCUCCGCCGGAUGUCCCUCAAGUUCCUGUCCUGCCGCUACACCGACACGAAGGUUUUCGGGCUGAACUGGUCAAACAUGGGUCAGGACGUGCACAAGGCCUGCGACGAGCAGACGCUCACCGUCAUGUACAAUGACUACGGCGAGCCCAAGGAGCUCUGAAGGUACUCCGAGGUUUUCACUUAGCUUGGACGUGUGCGAGGGGAAUCUGAGAGAGAGAUCUGUGGAAUCUGACAAAGAAUCAAACUGCAACAAUAUACAUGAUUGGAAAAGCAGGUGAGAAUAUUUAGAAUCAAAUCUCAAAGGAAGAUUGCACAUCUUGCAGGUGCUUCACAAUAAAAGCCUUGCUGUCUUACUUAGUUGUUAGCGAGAAAAGCUUAAACUAUGAAGUGUGAGUAAAAACCUAAUCCUUACAGAUGCAUGGAUAAGGAUUAGCAUUAAAUAGGUGGAGCAGAAACCUAAUUAUAUCAGAGAGAGAGAGAGAUUUCAUGUCUUUUAUUAAUAAAAUAAGCAAAUUAAUUUCUAUUGUGUUUAAUUCACAUAGAAAUAUAUAAACUAAUGAAAUAUUUUCUGUGCCGUCUGCUUCACUUUGUUUCUUUGUCGGAUGAAACGAUCUCCAUCUUGGAACCUUUGACACAAAAGGACAGCACAUUUAGUUUCUUUAUUUACUCUGAUAUUAAAGGAUUGAAUCCAAUCUUUUGUUCAUAAAAGGCGUCUUUUGAUGUAGUGAUAGUGACUUUCUAAGCAUCUCACAUCCGUCCACCACCACCUGUAGAGGCUUUGUUUCUUUGAAGGUGAAAUCUAGAGCAGGCUUUAGCCAAACUUUACAGAUAGAAGUCAUUGUAACUUCAGUGUCUCCACUACAUUUCAACCCCUGCUAAAGAUCUUAGUGAUUCAGAGCGUCUGGUCGCCUUCGUAUGCUUUUUAACAAGAACUGCAACAUACCGGGUAAAUGAAAUAAAGAGCUCGUUCCCACACAACUUUACUGCAUUCUCUAUUACGUUUCAUCAGGAAUGUAAAAAGAUGACAUUGCAGUGUUUGGUGUUUCUGCGUUUUGAGGUCAUUUAAGGUGAUUCGAAUCUUCUCCCAGGUAAAUUUUAGGCACGUAAAGCACCAGUUAUGGUUAGAAACUCUCCAGCAUGUAAUUUAAGAAGGUAACAACAGACAACAGCGAUGUUUGGUGUCACAAGGACACAAAGAAACAACUUUGUCGCCAUCACACUUGCCGUUUAGUCAAACGGUUUCAGGGAGGAGAUUCCAGGGAUUUGGGAUCUCACAGAAUCCCGCGUGAUUGAACGUGACUUCAGAAUAUAAACAGACAUGUUUAAAUGCUAAAAACUCUUGUCCUACACACCUGUAGACGUGUGAAAUAUUCACUUCUUUUGGUUUGUUUCUGAGUCGUUCUGAUCUUUUAAUCUCACGAAGACACCGACGUCUCUUCAUCAUAUACUUAGCACGUAUUUUUGAGAAUGCAGUUUACGGUUGUGUGGGAACAUAAACAAGGCUAAACGUUGUUUUGUGCUUUUGUGUGCCGUUAUUUAGACAUUUAACAAAUGCCCCACCUCAGCCUGGUGAUCUAUAACUAACUGUUUUUUUUUAAUGUUCUUUUUGUCACAAAUGCCAACACAAAGAAAGAUGCUCCACAUAAAUAAUUCAACUCCAGUAUUUGACAUUAUUCUUUGCUUUUAAAGACAAAGGUGAGGUAGCAUGUGAUAGGAAAGUUAAAUAUAUGUAGAUAACAGAGGAUGGGGUUAUUUUUACUUGCAGAAUAAACCUUGUGUGUUGCAUUAACGUGCAUUUUUAGCUGAAUGUAGUACUGAUAAUAUGGAUUUGUAAAGGGAGGCUGUAAAUAAGGGAGUGUUAGAUAAUAACAGGCGUCACAGCUGCUUUCGUUUUCUGUUAAACUGCCAGUAUUUCCUCUUUUUUUUCCCUCAUCAUAACUAAAUUAACUGAUGAUUAAAUGUGACAAAUUCUGUAUUCAGUCUGCAAAUUAAGUGUCUUUAAUAUGUUGUCAUUAUAUCUAUGUUUAAACGUCAUUUUACCGUAUUUAUUUUGACUUUCGCACCGUUUAUUGUGAGUAAAUUGACUUAUUCAAUUCGUCAUGUUAUUCUACGUUGGUAAAUUUACUGUGCCGUGGCCACAUUGGAGAUUGUUGGUGAUUUUUUUUCUAGUUUUUACAUAUAUAUAUAUAUAUAUAUGUAUACAGUACAUUUUAACAAAUCUCAUAAUGUGAAUACUAAAACGAGCGCUUGUAGAUUUUUUGUAUAGGCAGCAGAGUAUUUCAUAAAUGCAUCGUCGCAUUAUUCUAGCACAGUACUGUGUUUUGAAGCAGGUGUUUUCUAUGCACCUGUUGUAUAUACGUGUACAACAGGUGAUGUUUUACAACAGUUACUGUACGUGUGCUUUUAGUCGAUAUAAAAUGUUAUUGUACUGUAAUCUCUCCUGUGUAGUUUAGCGUCCGUAAUCCCGAUCGAUCCACUGACGAGGGAGGAGAACAUUAAAGGUCCAGUAUGUGGGAUUGAGUCCCGGUCUAUCGCAUUUAUGAAAAGUUACGUUGUACUGUAGCUCAAACACUGGCUCUUAGAAAGUACUGUUUGUGUUUUUAUGACACCUUAAGGCAGAGGUUUCAAACUCACGGCACGUGGGCCACAUGCGGCCCCCCCCCAGUCGAUUUCAUGCGGCCGGCCUCUUAAAUGUGUGUUUGUUGAUAUUUAAAGAUUCAUUUCGCAGCAUAAAUGUGUUUUUUUAUCGUGAACUAUAUGUAGAAAACCAACAUUUUUACUGUGAAAUGAUAAUAUAAUCAUUUGAGUGUGAGACCCCUGCCUUAAGGCCACUGUAGUUUCUCCUUAAGACUUUCUAGAUACUGAUGAAUCCGGCUCACUGGUCCUUUAAAAACUGAACUGAACAUUUGUCAUGACGUGGGACGACAAAGUAUUAAUUUCAUCGCACCCGCGUGGAGUCGAACGGGGAAAGUAAUUGUUUGAUGAGAUUAGAAACCAUAUAACCUGAACAAACGAAAAGUGUAAAACCCAACCCUCUACUAUCUCUGCAUGAAUAAUCUGUCUUUAAUGAAUGUGGCAUCUUGAAUUUAACUUUUUCACUUUGAUCUUUGCUACUUCAAAGAACAAUAAAGAUAAUAUAUUAUGGAAAAUGG